AUGGGUGCUGGGAGGAAGAAACAGACAUUCACUGCAAAGGAAAAAGCUCAGCAGCGUUUUACGGUUAAUUGUUGCACGACUGCUAGGAAUCUUAGGAAGAGAGAUUUAGCUGGUGUUAUCUUUGGAUGCAAACAUAGUACAUUUGGAGAAUGUUUGUCUAAGCAAUUGUUCGGAUUACCUUCAGGUCAUUAUUCCUAUGUAAAGAACAUUGAGCCAGGAUUGCCACUAUUCUUGUUCAAUUAUAGUGACAGGAAGCUCCAUGGUAUCUUUGAGGCUGCAAGCUUAGGAAAACUUUCUAUCAACUCCAGUGCUUGGACCAUAGAUGGUUCGGAGAACACCCCUUAUGCUGCGCAGGUGAAAAUUCGAGUACGAAUGCAAUGCCAACCAUUGCUGGAACGCCAGUUCCAACCAAUAAUUGCAGAUAACUAUUAUGAAGAAAAGCUUUUUUGGUUUGAACUAGAUCAGGCUCAAACAAAAAAGUUGAUAUCUGUGUUUUCCUCUUCGCCUGUAGUAACUAGUACUUUCCUCUCAAAUAAAACUGAAAAGAGGGGUACUCAACUCAAAGCAUUAAAGGCCCCCAAUGUAAAUCUAAAUUGUGAUUCUGGAGAGAGAUCUACUUUGAAAUUGCAAGGUCCCACUGUUGAUCCUAGUGUUGGGCUCUCGUUUUCUUCUGUAGUGAGAAAUGUGAAUAUUACUGAUGCUAAUAAACCUGAGUCUAGUGUUGGGCUCUCUUGUGUUGUGAGAUGUCCACAGAAAAAGUGGAGUGCUUUGUUCAAAGAGGAAACUUGUCCUGAUGCAACAAAGCAAGUUGAAGAAUUCCAUUUGCCAGCUGCAGAAGUGAAUCCUGGUCAUUUAGAUAUGUUUAAUGGAGAAUUUGAUGCUCAAUGUGUUCCAGAUUGUUGGGAUGAAAGUAACGAGGUUGAAGAAGCUCUGUUAGACCCUGAGGAUGUUCAAGAAUAUGGAGAAGUUGCAAGCUCAAAACCAAACUGUGAAGCCUUUUGUUCUUCUGUGGUGACAGAGCCAAGUACAUUGAACCUUCUUUUGGAAGUUCCUAGAAAGGAAAAUCCAUUAGAGUUACCUAGGGAAGAUACAUUGUUCAAUUCAGAUAAUGAUUGGCCUUUGUCUCCGUGUGUGCCAACAGAGGUUGUACCAACACAUAGUCAAUCGGAAGACAGUGAAGAUCAGUCGAUUAAUCUCUCUUAUCCAGAAUUAGCAUUGGCCUCUGAAAUGAACUCUUCUAGCAUUCAUUCGACGGUGGCCAAGUUGUUGGUUGAAGUGCGGGAGUUGAGGUUGUCUCAGUUCAAGCAAGCUCAAAAGGUCAAUUCUUUAGAGAAAGAGCUGGUUGAAUCAAGUGUAGAAAUUCAGCAGUUGAAAAGGAAGUGCAGUAUGUUGGAAAUGGGGUCUGUAUCAAGGUGUGUUGAGGUGGAUGAUUCUGACGAAGAGAAGUUUCAAUCAAUGGAUGAUCAACCCCAUCCAGCUUGCGAUGUAUCCAUCUGUCUGGUGGGAGGAUUUGAUGGUUGUUCAUGGAUGUCUGCUUUGGACAUCUACUUUUCUUCUCAGGACAUGAUGAGAACAUGGACUUCAAUGAGCUUUCUACGUUCAUAUUCUUCAGCAGCAAAAUUUAGUGAUGAAUUGUAUAUUUUGGGUGGUGUAGAUUGUAAUUUGUGGUAUGACACAGUUGAAUCAUACAAUCCACGAAGUAAUCGGUGGACUAGUCAUCCCCCUUUCAAUCAAAAGAAAGGAAGCUUUGGUUUACUUCCUUUAGAAGAUAGAAUGUUUGUCGCUGGAGGUGGAAAUGGAGUUGAAUGUUUCUCAGAUGUAGAAAUGUUUGAUCCAAACAUUGGAAAAUGGAUUCCUACUCAAUCACUAUUGCAUAAGAGAUUUGCUCUGGCUGCAGCAGAAGUCAAUGGGAUACUUUAUGUUUCUGGAGGAUACAAUGGAAACCAGUACUUGACAUCAAUAGAGAGAUUGGAUCCUCGACAACAUUCAUGGGAAGAACUUCCGAGCAUGGCCGCAAAGAGAGGAUCUCAUGCAUUGGUUGUGCUCAAUGAAAAGUUGUACGCUAUAGGGGGUUUUGAUGGAAGCAGAAUGGUGUCAACAGUUGAGGUCUUUGAUCCUCGUGCUGGUUCGUGGAUGAUGAUGGACUCCAUGAACAGUUGUAGGGGACAUUUUGGCACUGUUGUGAUUGGAGAUGAAAUACAUGUUAUUGGGGGGCUGCAGGAUGAUAGGGAAGUUCUGGACAAGGUGGAGUGGUACAAGGACGGUGAAGGGUGGCAAGUAAGUAAUUGGAAAGCCAUUGGAAAAAGAUGCUUCUUCUCCGCCGUCCUUGUAUAAGAAGGAUCUCUGCUUGCUUUUCUUUUUCUUUUCUUUUGUUUUCCCUAAGCUGGAACUGUAACAGAAUGAAAAUAGGGAAAUGGCCUCAUCCAUAUAUGCAUCAGUUUACUUCAGAGACUAUA